AUGUGCGCGGAUUCGGAUUUAAUAGAAGUUCUGUUGGGAACCUUCCGACUCCUCAGCUACGACUGCAAGAACUUUACCCACUAUGUACGACCACUAGCUCUAGAGAGCCUUUUCCACCACUCGAGCCGCAUUGUGCGGUAUCUGGCCAUACGGACGCUUUGCAUCUACGCGCACACAGCGGAUUAUGCAACCCAAGAGAUCAUCAAGAACUUUGUUGGAGACGGGGAGAUUGAAGGCCCAUGGGAAGGGCAACAAAUCGACUACCGGUUCUUGUCGUUAUGGGAAGAGAAGCGAUGGAAAGAUUUGCAAAAGAAGUUGAGCCAGACCAGUUCCACUGAUGUGACUCAGGCAAUAGCUGUGCAACAAGACCUGUCACCAUAUACGGUCAACGUCAAUGGUGUCCUGUUGCCUCGAUUAGACGGUGCACCAUCCCAGGAGAGGCCUACUGAGCUGGUUCCGACAGCUACUACAGAACAGAACCUGAAGAAAAUCGCCUAUGGACUUCUUGAAUCUAGCCCAAUCCUACUCACUGGACUCGCAGGCUCAGGCAAGACGCUUCUUACCCGCCAUUUCGCAUGGCAACUUAACAAGCUGGAUAAGAUGGUUACCCUCCAUCUGAAUGAACAGAGCGACGCCAAACUAUUAAUUGGCAUGUACACAACCGGAGCCAAACCGGGAACAUUCGCAUGGCGCGCAGGUGUGCUUACUACGGCUGUUCGAGAAGGAAGAUGGAUCUUCAUUGAGGAUCUCGAUAGAGCACCAAACGAGGUCAUCAGCACCCUUCUACCGCUCAUCGAGCGUGGUGAGCUGCUCAUACCUAGCAGAGGAGAGACCAUACGAGCGGCACGUGGUUUCCGUAUCAUCGCGACCAUGCGAAGCACCCUCAAUCCACGGGGCCAAGAGAUCAUACCCCGUCAGAGUAUGAUCGGUCAUCGAUUUUGGAACUCAAUUACUGUGCAAAUGCCACAAUUGGACGAAUUCCGCCAAGUGAUACACGCCAAGUAUCCUGGGCUGCAGAAACACCUUUCCGGAAUCAUGGAAGUCUAUGCGCGAUUGGUGGAGCUGUACUCAGAUGCAAAGUUCUCAUCCGAGAACGGCACGUCGCUUCGAGCCAUGACGCCACGAGAUUUGCUCAAGUGGUGCGAUCGGAUAGCGGUGCUUCUUGGACAAAGUGCAUCUUUCAACAACGCACAAAAGGACGACAUAUUCAUGGAGGCAUUCGACUGCUUUGCGGGAAGUCUCCGCACCGAGAGCGCACGGCUGAAGGUCAUGUCAUGUGUGGCUGAAGAGUUACAUAUCGAUCCCCAGCGACGUGAUCACCUACUACGAAAUCGUGAAAUCAAGCUUCAGGUACCUUCGAAGAUCACGGCAUCUGGUACUAUCCAAAUCGGACGAGCGAGACUGUCCAAGCAUAAGUCUUCGAAGAAACUUGGCUCAGGGCGACCGUUUUCAACCAACGACUACACUCUACGGCUACUCGAGAAGGUAGCUGUAGCAGUCGAUCGCCAAGAGCCACUUCUAUUAGUGGGUGAGACGGGAACUGGAAAGACUACAUGCAUUCAGUAUCUGGCUGAGCAGCUUGGCCGAAAACUGGUAGCUUUCAAUCUGUCACAGCAAAGCGAGAGUGGCGACUUGCUUGGUGGAUUCAAACCUGUCAAUGUGCGCAGCCUAGUAAUUCCCCUCAAGGACGAAUUUGAUGAGAUCUUUGAUACUACAUUCUCGAGAAAGAAGAAUCUACGGUUCAUGGAAAUGCUCGGGAAACGCGUCGCAAGAGGCGAGUGGAAGCGCGUGUGUGCACUCUGGCGCGAGGCACUGAAGAUGGUAGACGCCGCCCGGAAGUCGCACGAAUCACAAACGUCGUCCCCAGAUCCCGACGGUGGUCAGCCAAAGAAGAAGCGGAAGAUGGACUCAUUACCUGUCAACUUUCCAACUGCUCGAUGGGAGAAAUUCGCAACUGACCUCCAUGACCUAGAGGCGCAGCUCUCUGGUGGCUCAGAGGCAUUUGCUUUCUCUUUUCUGGAAGGCAAUAUCGUCAAGGCAGUCAGGAAUGGUGACUGGGUACUUCUCGACGAGAUCAACUUGGCAUCCUCAGAUACUUUAGAGGCGCUUACUGAUCUCUUGGGCGGAGGACCAGAUGGAAAUCCAUCGAUACUGUUAACAGAGACUGGCAACGUUGAACGAGUGGUCGCGCAUCCCAACUUCAGAGUGUUCGCCGCGAUGAACCCGGCAACCGAUGUAGGCAAGAAGGAUCUGCCGCCAGGCAUCCGAUCACGGUUCACGGAGCUUUAUGUUGAGAGUCCAGACAGUGAUGAGAAGAGCUUGCGCAAUAUUGUGGAGAAGUAUCUGGGUGGUGAUGGGACAGAUCCAGCAAUAGUACGAGUAGCACGCGAUGUCACUACACUGUAUCUCGACAUCCAAAGGCUCGCCAAAGCCAAUAUGCUCGUGGAUGGCGCUGACCAAAAAGCUCACUUCAGUCUACGAACAUUGACACGAACACUGUCAUACGCCAGGGAUAUUGCACCUCUCUGCACCCUCCGUCGAGCCUUGUAUGAAGGUUUCCACAUGAGUUUCUUGACAUUCCUAGGAAAGGCUUCUGAAGACCUAGUCGCGCCACUCAUCACCAAACACCUGUUCCCUCAAAAAGCUUCCAUGAAGGCUGAGCUCGGAAAGCCCCUUCAGCAACCUUCGGAUGGUCGAGGCUACGUCAGACAAGGCCACUAUUGGCUACGGCAAGGUGUACAUGAUGUGGAAGAGCAGUCGCACUACAUCAUCACCCCUUUUGUUCAACGCAACAUGAACAACCUCAUCCGAGCCGCUUCUACACGAAAGUACCCAGUGUUAAUUCAAGGACCUACUUCGUCCGGUAAGACAAGUAUGAUCGAAUAUCUCGCCAAACGAUCAGGGAACAAGUUCGUCCGUAUCAACAAUCAUGAGCAUACCGACUUGCAAGAGUACUUGGGCUCGUAUAUCUCUGGUGCUGACGGAAAGCUCACAUUCCAGGAAGGUAUUCUGGUGCGAGCACUUCGUGAAGGCCACUGGAUUGUCCUAGACGAGCUCAACUUGGCACCCACAGACGUUCUGGAAGCCCUCAAUCGCCUGCUCGACGACAACCGGGAACUUCUCAUUCCGGAAACACAGGAAGUUGUUCGGCCGCAUGAGGACUUCAUGCUCUUUGCCACGCAAAAUCCGGCUGGAUUGUAUGGAGGACGCAAAGUUCUAUCACGAGCUUUCCGUAACCGAUUUCUGGAACUACACUUCGACGACAUACCGGUAGAAGAGUUGACUGAAAUUUUACAUCGCCGCACUAUGAUCCCGGAAACAUGGUGUAAACGGAUCGUGAAAGUCUAUCGGGAACUUUCUACACUUCGACAAGAGAAUCGCAUCUUUGAGCAGAAGAGUUUCGCAACGCUACGAGACUUGUUCAGAUGGGCACAACGAAAAGCAGACACCGUGCAGGAUCUUGCAAACAAUGGUUACAUGCUUCUUGCAGAGCGUGUGCGCAAAGAGGAAGAGCGAGUCGCUGUCAAGAAGAUCCUAGAAACCGUGAUGAGCGAGAAGGGCCCCAAAGUGACGAUUGACGAAGAGCGGUUGUUCAGUCCCGACAGCUUGUCGAAUAUUGAGGGACUUAGCAAUGGUGUGACCAAAGUCAACACUGCUGUUGUUUGGACACGCGCGAUGCGUCGCCUUUCUGUCCUUGUUGCACAUGCUAUCCGUAACAAUGAACCCGUCCUACUUAUUGGAGAGACGGGUUGUGGAAAGACGACCGUCUGCCAACUGCUCGCUGAUCAGUUCAACAAUCGACUUCACAUCGUCAACGCACACCAGAACACAGAGACUGGCGAUUUAAUAGGUGCCCAACGACCCAUCAGGAACCGAGCUGCCAUCGAAGACUCUGUGAGGGAGCAGGUGCUCCAGGCACUCACCGGAAUCUCAAGCGAAAGCCUGCAGAGCGAUCCGACUUCGCUGGGCUCCGAAGAACUUAUGGCGUUGUACGAUAAAGUCGCGAAAGAAUCGCCUGAUUCUUUCCCUGACGAGGUUCGCAAAUCUAUACUGGUCGGCCGAGCUAAGGCCAGUGCCUUGUUUGAAUGGGCAGAUGGUAGCUUGGUACAUGCGAUGAAACAAGGUCACUACUUCCUCCUUGAUGAGAUCUCUCUAGCUGAUGACUCUGUUCUCGAGCGUCUGAACAGUGUCCUUGAACCUUCACGGAGUCUACUGCUUGCAGAGAAGGGUCCUGUUGACUCGCACAUUACAGCUAGCGACGGAUUUCAGUUCCUUGCAACUAUGAACCCAGGUGGAGAUUAUGGUAAGAAAGAGCUCUCGCCAGCCCUUCGGAAUCGCUUCACGGAGAUAUGGGUUCCUGCAAUGUCAGAUCUUGAUGACAUCCUGGAAAUCGUACGAUCGAAGUUGAAGCCUAGCCUAAGUCACUUCGCUGGGGCCAUCGUUUCAUUCUCACAGUGGUUCAACGACAAGUACAACACGUCCGUCGCAUCUUCGAUAUCAAUUCGUGACACUCUAGCAUGGGUGUCUUUCAUCAACGACAUGAAGCACGACGAUCCUAUAUUCGGUGUCGUUCACGGUGCGGCAAUGGUUUUCAUCGAUACACUUGGAGCCAACCCAGCAGGCUUGCUUGCCAUCUCUGCAGCCACGAUCGAUGACGAGAAGACGUCAUGUCUGCAUCACCUGAGCAAGCUCCUGGGUCAAGACAUCGCACCCAUGUACUUUGGAGCCAUUGACAUUGCGAGCACUGAGCAUUCCUUCCGAUUGGGAUCUUUUUCUAUCCCCAAGUUCUCGUCGGCAGCCUCGCAGGCGUCGAACUUCGCGCUGGAAGCACCGACAACUCGUUCCAAUGCGAUGCGUGUGAUCCGCGCCCUACAGCUUCCAAAGCCAAUCUUAUUGGAGGGUAAUCCUGGUGUGGGUAAGACUACGCUAGUCACUGCCCUGGCUAAAGCUAUCGGCAAGCCUUUGACGCGUCUCAAUCUUUCCGAACAAACGGACCUUAUGGAUCUAUUCGGAUCAGACGUGCCUGUCGAAGGAGGCUCUGCCGGUACUUUCGCUUGGCGUGACGCGCCGUUCCUCAAAGCCAUGAAGAAUGGUGAUUGGGUACUUCUUGACGAGAUGAACCUGGCGUCACAGUCCGUACUUGAAGGUCUCAACGCCGUCCUUGAUCAUCGUGGGGAGGUCUAUAUCUCCGAGCUGGACCAAACAUUUCAUAAGCACCAAGACUUCAGGGUCUUUGCCGCGCAAAAUCCGCACCACCAGGGCGGUGGCCGUAAGGGACUACCCGCAUCCUUCGUCAACCGAUUUACUGUCGUGUAUGCCGACGUUUUCCGUCCAGAAGACCUUACCCUCAUUUGUAAUAAGGUUUUCCCUGGCAUCGAGGAGCACGAAGUGGCUAAGCUUAUCCGAUUUGUGGCAGAGUUGGACGACCAAGUGGUCAAUCGACGCGCAUUCGGUACCCUUGGCGCACCUUGGGAAUUCAACCUGCGUGAUACCCUACGCUGGCUGCAGCUUCUCACCUCGAAAGAUUUUCCAGGUUCAGCACGCGACUUCUUGGACACUAUUUUCGCCCAGCGCUUCCGCUCAGAGAGCGAUCGUGUCCGGCUACAUAGAGUAUUUGAGAGCCAGUAUGGCGUCCACCAGCCACGCAUCAGUCUCUUCCACAAUCUGAGCACACAGGCUAUUCAAGUCGGCCUAGGCUUGCUACCACGCGACACUGCACUGACCCGACCAGAUCCUAUGUCAACCCUGCGCUCCUCGCAGCUAGGUCCAAUGGAAGCUCUUUUGGUCAGCGUCAAGCAGAAUUGGCCAGUCAUCAUCGUUGGUCCACCGGGCUCGGGUAAGACUGCUAUGAUCAAUCAAUUAGCAAGCUUUGUCGGUACGGACCUGAUCACCUUCUCCAUGAACGCAGAUGUUGACGCCAUGGAUCUGGUUGGUGGGUAUGAGCAGUUGGACCCCACACGGGAAGUCCAUCGAUACCUUGGGCAGGCGGAAGAAAUCAUCCGAAGACAUCUCGCGACCAGCACAACACAUUCGGCCGUGCAUCUUCGACUAUUGGAACAUCUUCAGGCUAGCUCCUUUACGAGCGACAGUGGUGGUGCGGUACAGUUUCUCGAAAGCCUUGCAGGACUCAGCCCUGAAGCGUCUGAGCUGGCCCACAAGCUGCACUCGUCACUCCAGGCUUCCCAUCAACAAAUCGAUGGCGCACGUUUUCAAUGGGUCGAUGGAAUCCUUAUCCGCUCGCUUGAGCAGGGCAAAUGGCUCGUGCUUGACAACGCAAACCUGUGCUCAAGCGCUGUUUUGGAUCGAUUGAACUCGCUACUGGAGCCCAACGGCUACCUUUCAAUCAACGAACAUUCCACAGAUGAUGGCGAAGCACGCAUCGUGCGCCCACACCCAAACUUCCGUAUUUUUAUGACCAUGGAUUCGAAAUACGGAGAGCUGUCAAGAGCAAUGCGGAACAGAGCUGUCGAGAUAUUUUUGCUAGAAGGCGAUGAUAAGGCUAUUCAAAACGACCGACCGGUGGUACAAUAUCCGCUUGACUCCACUAUGUACCGGUAUCGCCGAUUUCAAGAACACGAAGACCAUCUGUCGGCAACUUUGGAACAACGUUUCGAGCAUUUGGGACUCCAGGACAACGACUUGUUGGCAGGUUUUACCAAGCAAGCACGACAAGGUCUUGUAUUGACUUCCUCUGUGCUACCGAAUCGAGCCAAUGAUCAUGACUACACACAGCCAUCACCCGUGGUAGUCCAAACAGGUAUCGAUCAUCGAAUUCAGCAAUUUUCUGGGUUCCUGGAGACAACAUGGAAACCACAUGCGACGAAGGUUUACAACAAGCUAGGAACAGAGGAGCUGAUAAGACUACGUUCUUACCAUCCCUUGAACAACGAGCUGUUACUCAAUCAUACGGAAGAAUCGAGAACACUGAAUGUCUGGAGUGCGUCCAUGUACGAGGUCAUGUUUGAUCUGUACAACAUGCAACAGGCUAUCCAAGACCUCCCAUCCGCUCGAUUCGAACGCCGCAAAGAGAGGCAGAAGCUGCCGGCGUUCCUGCAUGCAUACUGGCAAGGUAUGGUCAAAGUCGCGGAAGGCUUUUGGAAUGCGCUUCAGCAAGAUCAUCAAUUCGACAUUGCUUUCCUCAAGCCAUUGCGAACGUUGUUCUGGGCCUUCCACGCUCUCACUACUGCCUCCACGUUCGAUCGUGCCACUUUCCAGACAUAUCUGAAGAUGUUGGCAUCAGCUACUCCCGCCAUAGCUGGGGAAUCAGGUUCUCUCAUACAAUCUAUGAGUAAUGCACUCUCCAAGCAGAUCGCUGUGUUUGGGUCUGACGUUCAGCUCACCACUGGCAUGGGCAUGGAACAUAUCUGGCGCGUCUUCAAAGCCUCUACGCCUACGACCCACAGUCAGCUGAAUGCUAUCUUGGAACUGGAAAGUUUGGCUGACAGACUUGAUGCGGUUAUGUGGCAGUCAACUCUACGCGUGGAUGAGAUGGUACAGCUACGCGAAAGAGUCGCUAGCUCCUUAAGCCUCGUUCGAAAGAAUCAAGUAGAUGCCAAGGAACUUGUCACAGGUCUCAGUAUAGCGAUUCAUGAUCUGGAGCAGAACAUUGGCGAAGACAACAUGUUGAUCACUCCAUACUUCGAGGACGAAUUUGAGGGUCUCUGUCAGUUCCUAGACAUCGCGCGUGACGAUACCGAUACCGAACGGGAUGUAUCGCUUACAGCAGCUGUUGUAAACACCCGCGCAAAGUCAGCCCUAUUUGCCCGACGUGCAACCAAACUCGUAGAUCUCGCGUUUGGGCGAUCUUAUCAUGGAUCGGUGCAUUUCACCAAGUUGUAUCGCCAUCUCGGGCUGACGCGCAAGUCGGCGAACGCUAUGGUACUUCAAGGCCGAUUCCACACUGCAGUACUUGGAAAACUAUAUGGUGCUGAUGAAGUUCAGCUGGCACAGCUCGACCGGUUCGAGACAGAAUUACAAGUCCUCUCCCAACAGGUAUCACUUGAUGCUGGCCGCAUAACGAAAGACCAAAAUGUCGCGCUGGACCUACUUUACAAGGAUAUUUAUAAUGAGAUCAUCUCAUCGCACUCCAACAUAGUUGUUGAGAUGGCGAGUGGAGGCUCUGCUAUAGUAUCCUCGGGUGCCAAUAUUCCCGAUGUCUAUCGAUCGACUCUAGAGGCUGGCAUCGCAAAUUGCGCCCGAUCGCCCGAUUCUGUUGUCAACUCAGCAGCGUGGAUUCACUUGGGUCUUCUGGGCUUACAGUUGUAUGUCCCAAAUUAUCCACACGACCCCGCACUCAGACCUAUGAUCGAACGCGAUAUGUUCACCGCGGAGAAAAGUUCUCUUCUGAAAGCACUUGGUGCGUUGAGGAUGUUCCAGGUUGACUCUACUGGACAAGACACAAGCUUCCGUAUCCGACAAGUCGAGGAUGUGAUCAACAACAUGGGUCAAGAGCCACCUGUGCCAGCUAUCGUUCGACCUGCUAUCUCCGAGCUCGAUGAUCUUCAAGGCGAGUUUACGAACUUGCUAAGCACUAUUCAACCUCUUUUGAACCAGUCAAUGUCAGUACAAGAAGCGGCCCAUGACAUCACCUUGCAGCAAAACAUCCUUCGAAUUAUCCAGCGACUCACGGAAGGAUAUCGGGGAUAUGACGACAUCACAGAUAUCGCAGUCGGCUUUCUCGCCUGUCUGCAGAUUGGCCUUAACAUGGGUCAGAGAGAAGAAGAGAAAAAUGUCGAGAGCAAUGUCACCAAGAGCUUGGCAUACAUAUCGUCGCAGACGCCUUUCUUCGGUCGAUCCAAGCCAAUGGAGAGAUCGGAAUCGGUGUUGCAGACCAUGGAAGAAAGCCUGGCUCAGCGCGAACAUGCUAUCGACCUCAGGUGGCACACUUUGAAUUACUUGCUCGUGCUGAGCAAUACUGAUCCGGCUGCUAUGACUACACCUGUAGCCAGAAAUCUACUGCAUGAUCUGUUCGCUAGCUUGUACAGUGAUUGGAAAACCAAGCUAGUUCAAGACCAGGAGAAAGAAGCGCAAAACUCAAGUCUGUACACUUAUCGUGGAAUGGAUGACGACGAAGUUGACGAGGACCCGACACUGUUUCCGGACUACGACGCAGACCAGGAGGACGAGAUCAAGCCAACCAGAUUGCCCUCUAAUUCUCGCGACUAUGCCAUCAGACUUGCCAACUUACAUGCCGAGCUCUUCGUUCAGGGCAGGGACGCCUCGGACUCCAUCAAGGCGCUACUAGAGUGGUGUGCUACGGAACUCAAUCGUAUAUCGGGUAGCAAGAGCCAUGGUAGCAAGCACGAAGACGUCUUGCCAACCAUCUAUCUCGCGCUAGAGAAGAAGAUCAACGCGCUGUCAACCGCCAGCACAGCGAGAACCUACAAUUUCUACUUCGAUGCCAAUCUUUCGGAAGCCAAGCGUCUCAUCACAAUUAUUCACCGCAUUCAGGCGCGUUACCGCCAGAUCCGCAGAAUCUGGCCUGAACACGCGACCCUCUCCGAGGUUCUACGCACGUGCGAUGAAGCACUUGAAUUCCGGCAUGUCGACCCAGUCGCAAAGUUCAUCACCAAGGCUGAGAAACUCUAUGCUUACAUGCAUGAAUGGCAGAAAGUCGCCAGCAAAGAAUACAAUACCGCGAACGUAUUUGACGAUCUUACUAAGCUCCUAGUCAGCUGGAGAGAGCUUGAACUUACCACUUGGGCUCGACUGUUCGACAUGGAAGAGGAAAAAUACCGUGACGAUGCUAAGAGUUGGUUCUUUGUCGCGUAUGAAACGAUCAUUGCUGCAUCAGAGAGCAGCGAGGAUGAGAAGAGCCUGCAGACGCAUGUCAAGAACUUACUCAAGUCUUUGGAAGGUUUCUUCGAGGCGACCACGCUUGGUCAUUUCGAGCAGCGAAUUAAGCUUUUAAGACAGCUUCGCCAACACGCAGCUAUGCGCAUGCAAGAUGUCGAUGCCUUCACGAUUGUGCAUGCUGCACUAGACAACUUCCUCGCCUACUACUCGCGUCUUGAGAAACCAGUGCACGAAACUCUUACCAAAGGUCGCCAAGCCCUGGAAAAGCAAAUCACCGAUGUCAUUAAGCUUGCAAGCUGGAAAGAUACGAACAUCGAGGUCUUGAAGCAAAGUGCGAAAGCUAAUCAUCGCAAGUUGACAAAACUUGUCCGCAAGUUCAGAGCAUUGCUUAAUCGUCCUGUGUCUGGUAUAAUGAACGCAGGCUUCCCAGAUGAAAGUCAUCUGCUGCAUGACAUCUCUUUGGAGAAUGUCAUCACUGCUACGAACCCUAAGGCGCUAGAACUCUGCGCAACCAAAAUUCCCGGAUGGGAUGAGAGACCUACUCGCUUCAAGAAUCUUGCUGUCACGGUCUCGAUGAUGCGCAAUCUCACAACGCCAAAGACUGCCACUGUUGACGGCGCAUCAUACAUCAGCGAAUUUAUUACUGACCUCUCAGGCUCUAUCAUCGAGCUACAGAAGGCUACACCCACUACGCUCACAGAGGAAAACAAGGCAUCCGUGCAACAUCUCAAGACCCAGAAGCGCAAGCUCUAUGCCGAUACGAUGAAACUGCUGCGGCAGAUGGGUAUCAACUCAAACCUGAGUGUGGACACCUUAGCAAAGCAGGAUGAGCUUUCGACAAUACUCUCAACUAUAUCUCUGGUGAAAGGGAGUGAGAGCAUUGGUCAUGCUGCUGAGUAUCAUCUACACAAAGCUCUCAAUAUUAUGCCUCAGGUCCGCGCAGUUACUAGGGAACACUCUGGUGAUCUGACCGCAAACGAUGUUUCAAGGAGUAUUGGUUACUUGGAGGGCUUGUUGCAUGCCUCUAUCCGGCAGCGCAAUGUGCUCAGCAAGGCUGCACGCAGUCUUGAACUGAUCAAUGCGCCAAUGGCGCUUGUCGCCGACCUGUGCCAAUUGGAGCACGACCAAUCAACACUGGUAUCAGAACACGUAGAUGUAUCAGGCUUCGUACAGCCGCAGCUUCGUUGGCUCGCUGCCAUGCUCCAAACUGCAAGCGACGUAGUGAAUGCGCAAGCCAGGCUUGGGAAGACGACUGAGCUUGAUGCGUUGAUCCGCGACUUGCGCGCUUGGGCCAGCACUGCCCAAGGCCUUGCUGAUGCAUACGACAAAUCGCCAAAGCUGCCGCUCAACGUACAGUCCUUGGCUUACCAAGAAGUCAACGAUUCCGUCAAAACUUUCCUAUCAGAACUUCAGAGAGUUUUCGGCGUUUACGCUACUAACAGCGACAUUGCGAGGACUGUACUUCAGCAGGUCGAACCGUUCCUAUUCUGCUAUCCUGCUACCAACGCUGUACGAUCUUCCGACAGUCUGCGCAUAUCAGUUGAGGCUCAUGCCAAAGAUAUACUCACUUCUCUGGAUCUCGUCCUCGGUUCAAUGCAAGAUGUGCAGACUGCAAUGACGGGCAUUCCUGCCUCAACGGAUGACGCGUCCUGGCUCCUUAAGGAGGAGCAAGCUCUUUCAGCUGCGCUGAUGGCCCUGCACGCUCCUCACAUCAGUGAAACCUUGCAAACCCUUCUCGACAAGAUGCAACAUCUUCAUGAGGAUGCUAACUUACAAGGGAUAGUCGCUUUGUUCACUUCCGUCAAGCCCAUUCUAGACCAAUACGUGGCAACGCACAAGUAUAUCGUCAACCGUUUCGACGCUCUACAUGCAUCCACUGCAAACCUACUUCACCGCCUCUCGAAGUCGUUCAUCCAAAUCGGCACGCAAGGUUUCUGUCAACCUCCAGAGAAGUCGAAUGAUCCGCAGAAGGGCAAAGAUGACAAGCUUGAGUCUGGUACUGGCCUUGGUGAAGGAGAAGGCGCUGAAGAUAUCUCCAAAGACAUCGAGGACGACGAAGAUCUCGAGGAUCUGGCACAAGAGCAGAAGGGCGAACGUGAGGGAAGUAUCGAAGAACAGGAAGAUGCAGUCGAUAUGGGCGAGCAAGAGAUGGAGGGUGAGACAGAGGAGGUAGGAGAGAAGGAAGAUAAGGGCGACGAGUCUGGUGAGGAAGGAGACGACGAUGCGCAAAGCGAAGUUGGCAGUGUCGAUGAUCUCGGCCCUAGUGCUGUAGACGAGAAAAUGUGGGACGAUGGAGGCAAGGAAGAUGACGCCAAGGACAAAGAAGGAAAAGACGACGUAGGAACCGAAGACCAAGAAGAGCAGGUUGCUGCCGAGAAGAAGGAGGAAGAAAAGAGCGGCGAGGACAAAAAGGAAGAAGCGGAAGAUGAAAAGAAAGAGGGCGAAGGAGAAGAGGAAGACAUGGAGAUGGAAGGCGAGGAUCAGGAAGAGAACGUGGGUGCUGGUGAAAAAGAGCAGAUGGAUCCCCACGCAAAGGAAGAGGAGACAUUGGACUUACCAGAAGACUUGAACAUGGAUGGUCAAGACGACGAAGGCAAAGAAGACGACGAUCUUGGCGAUAUGGACAUGGGUGACGAUCUGCCUGAAGACGAGAUGGAUCCGGAGGUCGAUCCCGGCCAGCCAGAUACCAUGGAGGAAGACAUUGGCCCUGAGCAAGAAGGCGAGGAUGAGAAAGACACGACUGGUCAUGUUGAAGAUGAGGAACAGCCAGAAGGAGAGCAAGGAGAUGAAGGUGACGAGCCCAUGGACGACGAUGACGCCAUUCCUCUUCCAGAUGAAAACAUGCCAGAAGAUGAAGUUCGUGAUCAGAAAGAUACCGACCAAGCCGAUCCCAAUGCCGAAGCUGGUGCAGGUACCGAAGCCAACGAGGAAGCACACAAGAACAAGAAUGAGCAAGCUUCCGCAAGUGCCGCAAACCAGGACGAAGGUCAAGAGGGAGAAUCUGCCGAACAGCAACAAGCACCAACGACCGAAGACGGGCAGCUUGGACAAACAGCCGCACCAGACGCCGGCGGACACGGAGAGCAGCCUGAGGAGUCGAAAGAAACGCAAUCUUUCAAAAAGCUGGGCGAUGUGCUUGAGAAGUGGUACAAUCAACAGAAGCAGAUUCAAGACGCCCAGGAGAAGGAUGAAAAGCAGGCUCAGCAGAUAGACAAAGAGAUCGACAUGGCUGACGCGGACUUUGAGCAUCUCGGCGAUGAAGAACAGCAAGCUGAUACACAAGCAUUGGGUACCGCGACAGAGGACCAAGCGAAAACUCUGGAUCACGACAUGGCGCUUCCAAUGAACGAAGAGGAAGAUAAGAUGCCGACUCGGCCGGAAGACAAGGACGAAGAGAUGAUGGAAGCUGAUAAAGACACCGAGAUGGAGGAGCCUGAGACGCAAGAUCAAGACGAAGAAGCUCAGCAGCCGCAGUCGAACGCUAUGGAAGGUCAACCGCAAGCUUUCGUCGGCGAACAAAGACCCUUCCCCGACCAAGAAGACGAAGACAUGGCUGAUGCUGUCGAACUUGACAAUGACACUUCUUCUACAGUGUCCUCUGCAGACAACAUUGAAGCCCAGCUCUCGCUCACUCACCUUGAACCAUCCGCCAUGGACCCCACGUCCGCACGUGCCCUCUGGCUGGCUCACGAAGCGUCGACGCAUUCGCUUUCCCAACAACUCACAGAACACCUCCGCCUCAUUCUCGCGCCAACUCUCGCUACAAAGCUCCGCGGCGACUUCCGCACGGGAAAGCGGCUCAACUUAAAGCGCAUCAUCCCCUAUAUCGCUUCAGGCUACAAGCGGGACAAGAUCUGGCUACGACGCAGUAUGCCAAGUAAGAGGAGCUACCAAGUCAUGAUUGCGUUAGACAACAGUGGCAGUAUGGCCGACAGUGGUGCAAGUGGUCUCGCACUCAAAACCCUAACACUAGUUACCCGCUCGCUAUCGAUGCUGGAAGUUGGUGAAGUCAGCGUCGUGGGCUUCGGGGACGAAGUGAACGUCGCGCAUGACUUUGACAAGCCAUUCACUUCCGAAGCGGGUGUACGCGUCUUCGAGCAAUUCGGUUUCGAUGCUAAGAAAACAAAUGUCCGUGGUCUGGUUGACAAGAGUCUUGAGCUAUUCAAGGAUGCUCGUCAAAAAGGAUCAAGUUCAGCAGGUGAAGACCUCUGGCAAUUGAUGCUCAUCGUCAGUGAUGGUCUUUGCGAUGACCAUGCCGAGAUCCAGCGCCUUGUUCGCAAAGCACAAGAAGAGCGUGUGAUGAUCGUCUUCAUCAUUAUCGAUAGCUCGGCCGCUGCUCCUUUCGUACCGGUACCAGCGCCAUCUGACAGCCCAGGUGCCCAGCCGCCGGCGCCUGCGAAGGACCAAGCGAAAACCUCUAUCUUGGACUUGCAGUCUGCUGUGUUCACCCCCGAGGGCAAGAUCGUGAGGUACAAGUAUAUGGAGCAGUUCCCAUUCAGGUAUUACCUUGUCGUUAGAGAUGUCAGAGAGUUGCCAGGAGUGUUGGCCGGAGCAUUGAGACAGUGGUUUGGAGAAGUUGCUGGAAGUGUUUAG